AUGGCAUCUGGAAUCUUACGUGUGAAGGACACCCAAGUGGUGGAUGAAAAUGGCAAGGUGGUAUUACUACGAGGAACAGCCAUUGGAGGAUGGAUGAACAUGGAGAAUUUCAUCACUGGCUACCCCGGUCAUGAGUCAAGUGUCCGAGCCGCCAUGCUCGAGGUACUCGGGCAGGAGAAAUACGAGUUUUUCUUCGACAGAUUUCUCUAUCAUUUCUUCACCGAGGCAGAUGCAAAGCAUUUCAAGAAACUCGGACUCAACUCCAUCCGCAUUCCUUUCAAUUACCGACAUUUCGAGGACGACAUGAACCCUCGAGUACUCAAGGAGAGCGGUUUCAAGCACCUUGACCGUGUCAUUGACCUAUGCGCCAAGGAGGGCAUUUACACCAUUCUGGACAUGCAUACACUCCCUGGUGGGCAAAGUCCAGGUUGGCAUGCUGAUAACACGACAAGCUAUGCGGCAUUCUGGGAUUACAAAGAUCACCAAGACCGAACCGUUUGGCUUUGGGAACAAAUAGCGCACCGGUAUAAGAGUAACCCCUGGAUCGCGGGUUACAACCCCAUUAAUGAGCCUUGCGACCCCAAGCACAUCCGACUGCCCGCAUUCUAUGCCAGAUUAGAAAAAGCCAUUCGGGCUAUCGACCCAGACCACAUCCUAUGGCUUGAUGGCAACACCUUUGCGGCAGAAUGGAAAGGGUUCGAUGAGGUCCUGCCAAACUCCGUCUACUCGUUACACGACUACAGUAUGAUGGGCUUUCCCACCGGAAGGCCCUACACAGGAACAGAACAACAGAACAACAUACUUGAAGCUCAGUUCCUCCGCAAGUCGGAAUUUCAAAGAACGCAUAAGACACCGAUAUGGAACGGUGAGUUUGGUCCGGUAUAUGCAAAUUCGAAAUGGGACGAGAAUGCCGAAGAGAUCAACCAAGGCCGAUACAACAUGCUUGGCCAACAGUUGCAGAUAUACGACAAGUUCCAAAUUCCAUGGUCCAUCUGGCUGUGGAAGGACGUCGGUCUGCAGGGGAUGGUCUACACCUCAUCGGACUCGGCGUGGAACAAAUUGAUUGACCCAUUUCGCGAGAAGAAAAAGGAACUCCAAUUAGACAACUGGGGCAAGUAUCCCAAUGAAGAGAUCGAUGGUUUGAUCAAGCCAUUGGUGGACUGGAUAAACAGGGUAUCUCCCACGGCGAACUCCGUGUAUCCAACCACAUGGAACACCUCCCGACAUAUGGAACGGCAGAUCCUACAGACGUUCUUAGCCGAGUCGUUCGUUCAAGAAUUUGCCGAGUUGUUCAGAGGCAAGGACGAAAAGGCACUAGAGGAGCUGGCUGCAAGCUUUAGCUUCGAGCAGUGUGUGCAAAGGGAAGGUCUGAACAAGAUAUUGUCUGAUUAUGCCGCUGUGGCUUCGAAAUAG